AUGACCAACAUUCGAAAAUCACACCCCCUUAUCAAAAUCAUCAACCACUCAUUUAUUGAUCUACCUGCCCCAUCCAACAUCUCAGCAUGAUGGAACUUCGGCUCCCUACUAGGAGUAUGCCUAAUUCUACAAAUCCUCACCGGCCUUUUCCUAGCUAUACACUACACAUCAGAUACAACCACCGCCUUCUCAUCAGUCACUCACAUCUGUCGCGACGUUAACUACGGCUGAAUCAUCCGAUACAUACACGCCAACGGAGCCUCCAUAUUCUUUAUCUGCCUAUACAUGCACGUAGGCCGAGGAAUAUAUUAUGGCUCCUACACCUUCUCAGAAACAUGAAACAUUGGAAUCAUACUGCUAUUCGCAGUCAUAGCCACAGCCUUCAUGGGUUAUGUACUACCAUGAGGCCAAAUAUCCUUCUGAGGGGCAACCGUAAUCACCAACCUCUUAUCAGCAAUCCCAUACAUUGGGACCAACUUAGUAGAAUGGAUCUGAGGGGGUUUCUCAGUAGACAAAGCCACUCUAACACGAUUCUUUGCUUUCCAUUUCAUUCUUCCAUUCAUUAUUUCAGCCUUAGCAGCAGUACACCUCCUAUUUCUCCAUGAAACAGGAUCCAAUAACCCCUCAGGAAUCAUAUCCGACUCAGAUAAAAUCCCAUUCCAUCCAUACUAUACAAUCAAAGACAUCUUAGGCCUUCUAGUACUAAUCUUAACACUCAUACUACUCGUUCUAUUCUCACCAGACCUGCUAGGAGACCCAGAUAACUACAUCCCCGCUAAUCCUCUAAACACUCCUCCCCAUAUCAAGCCCGAAUGAUAUUUCCUAUUCGCAUACGCAAUUCUCCGAUCUAUUCCUAACAAACUAGGAGGGGUCCUAGCUCUAGUACUCUCCAUCCUAGUCCUAGCAAUCAUUCCAAUCCUCCACACCUCCAAACAACGCGGAAUAAUAUUCCGACCCCUAAGCCAAUGCUUAUUCUGACUCCUAGUAGCAGACCUCCUAACCCUAACAUGAAUUGGUGGCCAACCCGUAGAAUACCCCUUCAUCACCAUCGGCCAACUAGCCUCCAUCUUAUACUUUUCAACCCUUUUAGUCCUAAUACCCAUUUCAGGCAUUAUUGAAAACCGUCUCCUCAAAUGAAGA